AUGUUCAACGAUCCUGGAUCGAAUUCAAAACCAGCACGGAUUCCAGAACUGAACCGAACAAUCAGCCAUAGCAGCAGUAACAACAGUAGCACCAAGAAAACCGAGAUGAGCAAGAACCGAGAACAACCACACAUCAGGAACAUUGUGAAGAGGAACAAGAGUUUACCAUCGAGGUUGCGAAAAUCGAGCAAAAUAUCAUCAAAGGUUGUACCUAUUGAAGCUACAGAAGACAUUGGAGAGAUAUCCAAAGAGCAAAAAACACCGAAGAAGCUCAUUAUGACCUGCAAAUCCUGGAUUUUCUUAGAAGAUGACUUUGCUUUGAUGAAUGAUUUCUCGAUAGAAAAUGCGGUCGGGCUUUGCGAGUUCAAGGGAAGAGAAGGCAUAGAUUCAGAUUUUAACACUGAUGGUUUCUUAUUUGAUGAUUCUCUAUGA